UAUAAUCAUUGCGCUACCGUUCUCCAAGCUCAUUACCAUAACAAGGCAAACACGUGUGGUUUGCCGCAUUCGUAGGAAAGCUAUCCUUCACUGGUGGAAAAUCACAUUGCAUCGAGUUCACUCCCUCCUGAUCCCAUCCCAUCAAUGACAGCGGAAUGGCUCUCGUGACGAAGUGAAGUGACCGAUAAAUAUUCGCUGGUGAUCCGUUAAAAAUUCACGAUAUGGGAAAUUGCUGGUCAUGCUCGAGAUUCAGGGCCAUCUUUCGACCUGUCACCGAUGGCACGCCGAUGAAGGAAGUCUGUACGAGGCCAGAGUGCCUGCCAAAGCCACCGACAUCAUCGCUAAAUGGGGGCGACUGGGAUAUUCCCAUGCUGACAGUUCUUCGGGUGGACCCAUGCAUCGAUGAGAAUGGUGAGACUCAUAGGACAUCGAGGUAUGAGUUGAUGAACCGUGACGGGGUCAAUGCCAGGCUGAUUGUCCGAAGGGGUCAGGAGUUCUUCAUGAGGCUACACCUCAAUCGGGAUUACGAUCCGACGGUGGAUGGCAUCUCGAUAGUCUUUACACUUGAUGGUGUCAGGAAACCCAAUUAUGGGAAUGGGACAUUCAUGGUGACGCCUCUUUUGAAUUUUGGAGAAGUGUCCGAAGGCGCGUGGCAGGCGUCACUUGACUCUAUGGAACCCAAUUCCAUCAGGAUUAAGAUAAUAUCUCCUCCCGACGUGUUAAUAGGAAAAUGGAAAAUGGAUAUUGACGCAAAGCGUAAAAAUUCAGCGGGAGCAAUAAGCUUCAGCGUUAACGAACCGUUCUACAUAAUAUUUAACGCAUGGUGUCCAGAUGAUCCAGUAUUCAUGGAGGGUGAAGACGGACGACAGGAAUACGUAAUGGCCGACACGGGCCUAAUCUGGCGAGGCAGCUACAAGCAGAUGAGACCGACAGUUUGGAAAUAUUCGCAAUUCGAAAAGGACAUUUUGGAUUGCGCCCUGUACCUCGUGACUGACGUGUCGAAGGUGCGUGUCGCUGGUAGAAAUGAUGCUGUCGUUAUAUCCCGGGUGCUCUCGGCCGCUGUCAAUUCACCUGACGACAAUGGAACCUUGAUGGGAAAUUGGUCCAACGAUUUCGACGGAGGAACACCGCCAACAAAAUGGCUGGGGUCUCAGAAGAUCCUUCAGGAAUACUGGAAGACGAAGAGACCUGUGAAGUACGGCCAGUGCUGGGUAUUCUCUGGAGUACUAGCCACUGUUUGCAGAACCCUGGGCAUUCCCUGUCGUGUGGUUACGAAUUACUCUAGCGCUCAUGACACGCAGGGUAGCCUCACCGUGGACUACUUCGUCGAUGCCGAAGGGAGAAUUAUGGAGGAGUUGAACAGUGAUUCGAUAUGGAAUUUCCAUGUAUGGGAUGAGGUUUGGAUGAAGAGAUUGGAUCUCGGGCCAGAGUACGCUGGAUGGCAAGCCAUCGAUGCCACUCCACAAGAAUUGAGCGAGGAUGCAUAUAGAUGUGGACCUGCGUCAGUGGCAGCUGUCAAGAGAGGUGAAAUCCAAGGUCCUUAUGACAAUGGUUUUCUCUUCGCUGAGGUCAAUGCUGACAAAGUUUUUUGGAGAUACAAUGGACCCACUCAGCCCCUCAAAUUGAUCAGAAAAGAUAUCUACGGCAUCGGUAGACAGAUCAGUACGAAAGCAGUGGGUUCGUGGACUCGGGAGGAUAUCACUCACAUGUAUAAGUACCCUGAAAAAAGCGAUGACGAACGGGAGGCAAUGCUGAAAGCCCUUCGUCAGAGUGAAUCUCUCUUCAGUCGAUAUUACCUUAAUGAGGAAUUUAACGACGUUAUGUUUAAUUUUGAAUUGCAAGAUGACAUUAUCAUCGGACAGCCAUUCAGUGUCAUACUCCUGAUAAAAAAUAGGAGCAGCGAGUUCGAGUAUCGAGUUUCAGUUAUUCUACGGGUAGAGGUAGUAAUGUAUACAGGAAAAGUCGGAGGGCCAAUCAAGAGGACGGAGGUGGAUAGAAUAGUGAAGCCCGGGGAUCUGGAGGAGGUGAGAUUGAAUGUCUCGUGGGAGGAAUAUGGGUCGAGAUUGCUCAAUCAGUGUGCCUUCAAUAUCGCGUGCCUGGCUACUGUUAAAGAUACAAAUUUUGAGUACUUCGCACAAGAUGAUUUCAGGGUGGAGAAACCGACGAUUGAUAUUGAGAGGAGAACGAAUGCAGUAGUUGACGAAGUCCUGGAAGCAACAGCGAGCUUUACAAAUCCCCUUCCAGUAUCCCUGAAAAAGGGUCAAUUCCUGAUAGAAGGUCCUGGACUGGAGAAGCAAUUGAAGAUAAAACUCUCUGGAAGUGUCCAGCCAGGAGACGAGGCCACCUGCACUUUCUCCAUGAUUCCAAAGCUCGAAGGAAGAUCAACGAUUGUCGUGAAGUUCCACUCGAAGGAGCUGGACGACGUUGAUGGAUUCCUCAACUUCAUGGUGAAACCAUCAACAUACUCCAAUAACGGCUACUCCAUGUAAAUCAUGCUAAAUGACUUACGUCUCAACGUACUUACGACUAAACACAUUUGGCGAAUGUCUCGUCUCGAUAUUCAUCCACGCCAAAGUGAGGAUUUAUACCGCUUAAUUCUUUCAUCGUGAUUAAUCAAAGUAUUUAUGUGAAAAUAACAGGAAAUUCUGAUGCUUACGAUACAAAAUGUAGAAUGAAAUAUGUGAUACGUCAAAAUUCUGUUGAGUUAUCUGUUCAACAAUUCAUAAAUGUAAUGGUAAUAACCCAGAAAAAUAAAAUA